GCUCCGAGUCAGAAACACGGAAAUGGAGAUGGAGGCGACGGGAGGGGGUUGGACCUUCUUUGUGUUUGCGUUAAACAGAUCUCCUCUAAGCAGUCCUCAUCAGACUCAUACCGGCUGCUGGUCUGACUCGACUCCUGUCAUCUGGAAAUAUUAAUCCGCACAAUCUCUUUCCUGAACAUUCACUGCGGGAUUGUUUUUUUGUUUGUUUUGUUUUGUUUUUUGCUGCAUCAUUCUCGCGGAAGCUGAAGGAUUUGACAGACUUGAUCUCAGAAUAAGAUGAUUUUAACGCUUCAAACAUUCUCUGACUUCAUUCAAAAGUGGUGACAAGUCGACUUCAGACACGGAUGUGAGCCGGAAAAGACGAACAGGACGUCUUGUUUUUUUUUUUGGAGGGGGGUGAAGGAAUACACUUUUCUUCCUUUUUGACUUUUUUUUCCCCUGUCCAACCAUGCGCCAGGCUGCCACCGUGGAGCGCUGAAUCCGGACAGAUUGAGUUUCUGCUCACCUCCAACUCCAGAGAAGGGGCCCAGAUUGAAACUACAGGGCUGGUUUUGUGCAGAACAAACGCAAGAAUGACAGUAAAGUUGGACUUUGAGGAGUGUUUGAAAGACUCUCCUCGCUUCAGAGCUGAAAUCGAAGUCGUCCAGAAUGACGUGAGCGAGCUGGAAACUCGCCUGGACAAGCUUGUGAAGCAAUGCCAGGCCAUGCUGGAGGCCGGCCGUGUCUACUGUCAGACCAGCAAGAGCUUCGUCAGCGGCCUGCGGGAGCUCGGACACCAGUUGUCCACGGACAGCAUGAUGGAGGAAUGCUUGGACAAAUUUUCCAAAAAGCUGUCUGUCAUCUUUGACGCACAGGGGGAAGUGAUUGAGACGAUUCAGAAGUCGGUCAGGACGAAGCUGCAGACCUUCGUGAAGGAAGAUGUUCGUAAGUUUAAGGACGUCCGUAAAGAGUUCGAGCGCAGCAGCGAGACCCUGGAGGGCGCGCUGGCCAGGAAUGCCCAGGCUCCUCGGGGGAAGCUGCACGAAGUGGAGGAGGCGACUAACGCUCUGCUCAACGCACGCAAGUCCUUCCGGUCGGGGGCAUUAGACUAUGUCCUGGAGAUUAACGUCUUCGAGGCCAAAAAGAAGGCGGAUAUUCUGUUUGCCAUGCUGUCCCUCCUGGAGUCCCAGGCUCAGUUCUUUCAACAAGGCCACCAGUCUCUGUCAGAACUGGAUCAAUAUUGCCAGAAACUGAAUGAAGAGCACACCCAGUUCGUCUUAAACUCGGCCAGGGAGAAGAGGGACAUGGAGCAAAGGCACGCAGCUAUCAAGAAAAAGGACAUGUCCUACGACGAGUCAAUUUUGGAUUUUAAUGCUGAUGCGGCUAACGGGAUAGCGAUGGAUGGUUACCUUUACAAGCGAGCCAGCAAUGCCUUCAAGACCUGGAGCAGACGUUGGUUUUCAAUUCAGAAGAAUCAGCUGGUGUAUCAGAAGAAAUUUAAGGACCAGCCCACGGUUGUGGUGGAGGACCUGCGCCUCUGCACCGUCAAGCCCAGCGCCGAAAACGAGAGGCGGUUCUGCUUUGAAGUGGUGUCUCCGUCAAAGUGCUGUUUGUUGCAGGCAGACUCAGAGAGGGAGCAGCAAGCGUGGAUCACUGCCGUCCAAAACAGCAUCGCCUCGGCCUUCCAGGAGCGCAGAGAGGACACACACAGCCCCAGGUCGCGCUGCACCUCAGUGUCGAUGAGCAGCUUGGAGAAAGGAGGCGGAGGAAUCGGGGAUCAGGAGAACGAAGGCUGCAAGGCUCUGGAGGAGAUUCAGGCGAUCUCAGGAAACAAGCAGUGCUGCGACUGCGGAGAGCCCGGGCCCGACUGGGCCUCCAUCAACCUGGGCAUCACUCUGUGCAUCGUCUGCUCGGGGAUACACAGGAGCCUGGGAGUCCAUUUCUCCAAAGUGCGCUCCCUCACUCUGGACACCUGGGAACCAGAGCUCAUUAAGUUGAUGUGCGAGUUGGGCAACUCGGUGAUCAACAGGAUCUACGAGGCUCGGAUUGAUGAGAUCACCAUCAAGAAGCCCCACCCGUCCAGUCCCAGAGGCGACAAGGAGUCAUGGAUUAGGUCAAAGUACGUUGAAAAGAAGUUCAUCCAGAAGCUGCCUGAGACCGGCAAAUCCAACCUGGUGAGGCGGUCCAGCGCCAGGAGAACCCGAGCCACCACCCAGGACCGGAACGCCCAGCGGCCGCCUCUCAAGCCCAAGCCGACCCGCGCCACGCUGCCUCGGCUCACCGGGCUAAGCCCCAGCGACAUCCUAAAGAACAACUCAAGCGCUCAUAAAGAUUGGGAGGAAGACGAAGAAGAGGAUCUCAGUGGCCUUCAUCCCGGGGCGCUGUUGUACCGCUCCGCUGCGCUGCAGAACUUCCCUGUCAUGGCGGACGCGCUGGCCCACGGAGCCGACGUCAACUGGGUGAACGUGGGCGAGGAUUCGAGCACACCUCUGAUACAGGCCGUGUCUGUGAACGCUCUGGCAGCCUGUGAGUUUCUGCUGCAGAAUGGCGCCAACGUCAACCAGGCGGACAGCAACGGGAGGGGGCCGCUGCACCACGCCACCAUACUGGGCCACACAGGGUUGGUUUGCCUGUUCUUGAAACGAGGAGCAGACUACAACGCCCGAGACAAGAACGACAAAGACCCCAUAACCAUCGCCGUGGACAACGCAAACGCAGACAUCGUCACUCUGCUGAGGAUCGCCAAGAUGAACAAAGAGAUGCGGGAGAUGGACGGAGCCUUCGGCCAAUCAGGUGAUGAAACGUACCAGGACAUUUUCAGAGACUUUUCACACAUGGCCUCCAAUAACCCGGAGAAGCUCAGGCGCCGCAGUGCAGACCCUAAACCGUAACCGGCCAUCACCCGUCCUUCUGUCCAGUUCCUCCUUUCACAGCCCUCAACCCAAACACACACACUUUUAAAAAAUUUUUUUACACAAAUGUAGAAAAGAUUGAGCUCUGAGGCUUGCAAACAUUUCUCUUUGGCUACCGUCCACAUGUUGAGUUUAGCUGUUGGGGCCUGGAUGUUCCCAACAGGGAACGCUUUGUGUGAUCACGUCAGCGCAGAACAAUCGCAUCCAAGUGGAAACACUGGAGCAGCUUUAUGAGUCCAGCAUGAGGUGUUUUUAUCACCCACAGAGCGACGCUCUGCCAAGAGAUCCUAAUUAAAACCAGAAAAUCUGAUUUCUUUCCUCUUAAGUUUGCUUCCCCCCUUUCUAAAAUGGGCUGUUUUUUUAUUCUUCUUUUAAUACUGACUUUUUUAAAUGUUUGUUACAAAGAAACAGAAAUUUUACAAAAAGAGCAUUUUUAUUCCAAUAAAAUACCAUAAAAUCUAUGCAGUUGGCAGAUUUCAACUUUACAAAAGACAAUAUUUAUGUGUAUUUUGUCUACAUCGUGUGACAUCAUCAUCAAAUUUGCAUUUGACCGAAUAAAACAAACAGUGCGACAGUG